AUGAGCGUAUCAACGUGGGUCCGAUCGGUGUGUGGAUCGAGACGUGAUGAAUCGAGUGCAGUGCCUGGUGAGGCUGAGACGGUCUUGGGUGUCAAGCGUCGGAAUAGUGACUUCACAGCCUCAUAUUCAGCGACUAGCGAAACGGAAAGCACGGUGGCCGGUCGGGAGGAA